CUUCUACUACUCUUCUACUAUACACAGCUCGUUAGGCUGUGGGCUUUAACAAUCCACCGACAACUUUUUCGGAAGAUCCACCGACAUAGGCCUAGUUGCUAUUGGCCGGAUUCAGAGCCUCACUCAACCUAAACCAUGGCCAGCCCACAAAUUGGAUUUGACAACCAGCGGGCCUAUUCCAGUCUCAUGAGAGGACUGCAGGAGCUGGACUUGAGGGGCAAUGCCACCCCUGGCUCAUUGCACCUAAUAGGAGACCACGCCUUCCCUCUGGCCAUGAACGCCCAAGGCCAGGUGCUGAUGGCUGCCUCCCUCUUUGGACGUGGACGCAUGGUAGUCCUGGGUCACGAGAGCUACCUUACCGCCUUGCCCGCCCUGGUGGAGAACGCCCUCACCUGGCUCAGAGGGGAUGGAUCCGAAAACCCCCUGGUUGGUAUUCACCAGAGCUGCAAGCCAGUGGCGGAUAACCUUGGUGAAACCAUUUUCCACGGCCAGUUGGUGGAAGGCUUCCUCCAAGACCUGGGGGUGGGGGUGUAUGUGGUGGAUGCCUACAGCAUGGCUCCUGAUGUGAAGUCCCUGGUGGAGUUUCUGAAAGCUGGAGGGGGGCUGUUGAUCGCAGGGCAGGCCUGGUCCUGGGCUGGACAACACCCCAAGCAAGACGUUCUGAAGGCCUUCCCAGGGAACCAGGUGUCCAGCGUGGCGGGGAUCUACUUCUCUGAGCACCAUUCAGAGGGCGGCUGUCUUUCUGUUUUCCCACCAAUUCCUCGCUGUUGGAAUCCAGAUCCGAUUAACUUUGCGGACGACUUGGCAUUUCUCCUGGAGGGCGUGUCUGGGUUCAGGUUGAAGAAAGAGUGUUCUGAGAUUCAGGUCCAUGGCCAUCUUGCCUUUCCGAUAUUCCCCUUCUUAGCGGGGGCAUACUAUGGCAGGGGUCGAGUCCUAUGUGUCACUCACGAAGGAUUGUUUGAACAACAGGAGUUGGUUCCUUUAUGGCACAAUGCCCUCCGAUGGUUGGACCAGGGCAGGAAAGGCGUAGUUGGAGUCCACCCGUCAAUGACUGAUCUCCCCUCCCUGUAUGGCCCAUCAGGGCUGAGCUGUCGGAAUACAGACUUCACUGAUGACCUGAGUGUGUUUGUGUCCACGGCAUACUGUGAUGAGAAGGCAGAGGAGAUGCAGGACUUUGUGAUGGAAGGGGGAGGUCUGCUCAUAGGAGGGCAUGCCUGGUACUGGUGCUAUUGUUACCCAGAGCUCAACCUGCCGACUGACUUCACAGGGAACCGCAUACUGAGCAAGAUGGGCCUGAAUGUGUUGGGUUCCACCGUCCCAAAGGAAUUCUACGAGGCUCCCGACCCCGACGAGGCCUUCAUAGACCAGUACCACUUCCAGCACAUGGUGUCUCGCUUCAGCAGACACCUGCUCUCCGGAGAGCCUCUCACUGCCAAGGAGGAGGGCUUCCUGGCGCGGCUGCGUCGGGACUGUGCUUCCUACCUGUUGAUGGAGGCCAACGAGUCGGCGUCGUACACACAAGUCGUGUCCGACCUCACUGCCAUUGUCAAAAAGGCUGGGAUCCCGCAGGUGUCUUUGAACUGCCUGGUUAGCAGUGAAAAGGACCGUCUGCUGCUGACCAUCGGGACAGAGCUCUAUCGGUGUUUGGACCCCGACAUGCUCCUGCCUUACCUGAUCAAGGACAUCCCUAGCAUGCCCAUUGUCCGACACCAUCAGCUGAACGUCAACGCAAACACAGCAGGUGAAGAGGAGUGGAUUAGUACUGGAGUGUACCUCACUCCAGGUAUGAAGACCUACAUAUCUCUACCAGCACAGAUUGUGAACAAAGGAUGGAAGGUGCAGAUCGGCUGUCAAACGGACGCUUUGGAUCACUUGAAGGAACUGAGGAGAGCCCCAUGUGUUCACAAGACCUUCAGAAUCACAACUCCCAUCAUGCAGGUGUGGAACCUGUGGGGGGGGCUCCUCUACCUUGUGGCCCCACCCGAUACACAGGUGGGGGGGCUAAAGGUCACAGUGGAAAGGGCGGUUCUUGCACCUUACUUUAUGUCUGGUGUGACAACCAUUGCUGAGUGGGCGGUGCUUCGCACUAGCCCCGCCCCCUGGGCAGAGCUGGAGUUUGACAACGUCAUCUUCACCAUACCAUCCAGCGCCAUUCGAGACCUGGAGCGCCCCGAUAAGGUGGCGGCGCUCUGGGAUGACAUCAUGAAGAGUGUUGCUGACCUGGCAGUUGUUUCGCAUAAAUUCCCACGCAAAGAACGCUUUGUCGCAGAUGUGCAGAUUUCCCACGGUUUUAUGCACGCAGGCUAUCCCAUCAUGAUGCUGUCCUCUAUGGUCCCUGAGCUGAUAGACUGGGAGGGAGCGAGAACCCGCGGCCUCUGGGGCUUCAUCCACGAGCUGGGCCACAACCAGCAGAGGGGAUGCUGGGAGUUCAGGCCGAACACCACAGAGUGCACGUGCAACCUGUGGUCGGUGUACGUGCACGAAGAGGUGCUGGGGAUUAACAGGGAACAGGCACAUCCUGCUUUGCAGUCCAAAUCUCGGGCAUCUCGUCCAGAGGACUACGUCAAGGGAGGCAAGGACCUUGACAACUGGAAUACAUGGACGGCUUUGGAAACAUACCUACAGCUCCAGGAGGCGUUUGGCUGGGCAGCCUUUAAGAAAGUGUUCGCCGCUUACCACGACAUGAGCGACGUGCCCAGGGACAACGAGGGAAAGAUGAACCUGUACACCAAGACCUUCUCCAUGGCCGUGGAGCACAACCUGUGUGCCUUCUUCAAGGCCUGGGGCUGGCCCAUAGAGGCCCCCACUGAGGAGGAGCUGUCCAAGCUACCUACGUGGACCAACCACCCCAUGGUCCUCUAUGGAUAAAAGGAAUAGAAGGUGGUGUCUUUUUUCUAAAUGGAUGGACCCUUUUCAUAGAGCUGUCAUUGUAGGACAAACACAUUGUCACUCAUAACACUAAUCAGGCUCUACAAAUGUGUGCGCACGGAUUGAGUUAGCUAGUGAAGAUAACACUCAUUGUCAAUGGACCCUUCUAAUGGGGUAAUAACAUGCUUUUUCAACUUUACCCUUUGCUUUAAACUGAUAUAUGAUGCGUAUAUGUAUACGUGUUUUACGUCUGCUAAGCUAGAAAAAUAUAAGUCUGAGCCAGGGGGAGUAUUCACGCCCGCCGAGAACACCCCUCAAUAAGCGCUUGAAAUAGCUUGUUUACGCUCAAACUUUACUUCCGUAGCAGUGUCACUUCAGACUGCAGUGGGCGGGGCGGAAGUGCAGAUGUCCCACCUCCCAGCUACCCACAAUGUUUACAGCUUCUCGGGGGUGUGAACGCGCAAAGCGUUCGACCAAUCGCAACAGAGUCGGCUUGCUGUCCAAUCACAGCAUACUUGGCUACUUGGGAAGGGGGCCUUAAAAUGACAUGAUAUGAAUCAGACCGUUUUUGAAAGACGCUGAAAUUGGUUUUGCAGAAACGAACAGUUUGAGAAUAAUAAGGGGUAUUUCUAACAUACAGGCAUGUAACCCUUUUCUAGUAGUACCCCCAAACGCAAUUACGGUAUCUACCCUCAAAAUGCAUGGGAUCUUUAACACUGGGUAAGCAGGCGGUGGAUUUAUGUGUGUCAAAGCACCUGCCACCAAAAAUAACUGUAUGAGUGGCACCUAUGUUUGUCCUAUGAUAACACCUCUGUGAAAAGGGUAUUUUGUGUGAAAUUGUUUUAUAUACGUUCGUAAAUACAGCGUCAAAAACAAUUACUGAUUGAAAUACAUGAUGUCACCGGUGAACACUGUGAAAGCUGGAGUUAGUAUGUUUUACCAAGCAAGAAGCUCAGUUCAGGAUUAGUCUGACCAAAUGCGUUGUUUUACCGGUGUAGCUCUAGCUCCUCUAUUCCGCCCAACUACCCAAUCACAGAUUAAGCACCACCCGAUUGGCCUGACAAAAUGGUUAGCAUCUUUCUCCAGCUUUCAUGCAGAGUGAAACAAGUGUCACCAAAAAGACAAGGCAAAUGGAAGCUGAGUGAAGAUAAGUCUAUACGCCCUAUAACAGACCAAUAAUUUGUGUUAUGAGUGACGCCUGUGUAUGUCCUAUGGUGACACCUCUAGGAAAAGGGACUAUUGUAAUCCAUACCACAGUGUUGAUACUAUUUUAUACUGAACAUGCUCAGGAUUUGUUUUUUUGUCUUAGUGCUCUUCAUUUAUUGUAUUUCAUACAUGUUGCAAUAUUCUGUAUAGCUAUAAAGUGGUGAAUGAAAGAGCAUGACGUACAGAGUCAGUUCUUUUUUAGUUUAAUUUGUUUUCUGGUAGACAGCAGAGGGAUUAGAGAGGUUACUAUAGCAUUCAGGUACUUUGAAGGCUUGUAGAACAGACGACUGUUACUGCGUGGGGUUAUCUGAUCAAUUGUUUACAUUUUUAUGACUGUAAGGGCACAUUUUGAACCCUUACACAUCAAAAACAAUGAUUCCAUCAAUGUUUGUGUAUAACUGAAUACAUUUUGAAUACAUUUAGUUUCCUGUUGACUGGAUCUAACUGGAUUCAUUAAACUUUCUUUAAUCAUUG